AAUAUGGUAAUAGCUGGCCUUUGCGCGAUCCUCUCUGUGCAACACGUUUCCAAUGGCACACCUUUCUCUUUCCUCUCUUUCCUCUCUCUCCUCUGCUUCCUACUCACUUUCUUGUCCGCUAAUUCACCGGCGAAUCUUCGUGGUUGCUUCUAGAAUCCAAGCUUCUUCUUCUUCUUCUUCAAUCUCCAAUUCGAAUUCGACCCCCAAAGUCGUCGUCACCAGAGAGCGCGGCAAGAAUGGCAAGCUCAUCAGCUCUCUGGCCAAGCAGGGAAUCAGCUGUUUGGAGCUUCCCCUCAUUCAGCAUACACGGGGGCCUGAUCUGGAUAGACUUCCUACUGUAUUAAGCGCAGAUACUACGUUUGACUGGAUUGUCAUAACUUCUCCUGAAGCGGGUUCAGUCUUCUUAGAGGCAUGGAAGUAAGGGAUAUAACUUAAUAAACUAGAAAAGUGGCUAAU